AUGUCAUCCAAGCUGGAGCAACAAGUAGCUCAGCGGCUCUCCUCGUCGCUACCUACGGCGAACGAGCUUCUUGCGCAGCGAGUCAUCUCUCUUUCACGGUCGCUUCCAACAGAAAAAGCUUUCGUCAAUGCUGCUCGUGCAUUUGGUCGGUUCGACGAGUCGUUCUUGCUCGAGCUGAGGAGCCUCAUUGCUUCUCAUCCCGACACAUCGACGUGUAAUGGCAGCAACGGUGAUGCUGCAGGAUCAUCGUCGGCGUACGCUGGAGAGCCACAGCCUCAGAGAGCCGGUCUCGCAACACUAGGCGGGGAGAGGCAUAUCUUUCGAACACCCAAUGCCGAGCUCAAACAGAGCUCGCUGCGGCUGGAUAAGCUGACCGCUGCAAAGCGUGCAGAUGCGAAUAGAUCGAAUAGUGGGAAUAGAAGGCAGAAGGUAUCAGGUACGCAACUCAGCCAUUUGCAGGAUGAUCUCGACUCGCCUGCGCAGAAGGCAGUCGCGUCGGAACCGGUGUUUAAAGCGCCUUUGAGGCCUGCUUCUGCAUCUCACUCACAGAUUCGAGCACGCGGGAACGAGACGCCGAGCCAUCCUGGUGGAUUGAGCGAUACAGCUGCUCGGAGGUUGGAGGAGCAUAGACGUAAGCGUGCGAUGGCUGCGGAUGCAAGAGCCGAUGCCUCGAGCAAGGGCAAGCAAGUCACUGUUGCUUUUACUUCAAACGGCGCCACGUCAUCAGUGGCAGUGGGUCGUUCCAAGGGCGAUUCCUGGCGUGCAUCUGAUCGCAAUGACAAUGGCAAUGCCUACGGCCGCGACUCCCGCGACAGAGGCACACCAUCUUCACAAAGACUCGAAAGACGUACUUGGGACUCAACGCCUCGCCACACACCUCGUCGCACUGACGAAUCCGAUCGUUGGACACCAAGGUAUUCUGGCUCCAUACCUCGAACUGUCCCCUCAGACCCAUCUCUCGCCUCCACUCGUUCAGCCGGAUCUCGUCGAUGGGACGAAACCCCCUCCCACCACAACAGCAGCAACAACCGCUCCUCCCCCAUCCCCAAAGAUACCACCUGGGAAGACUCCGACGACCGCCAACUCGACCGCGACUGGUACGACAUGGAAGAAUCCACCACUCUCGCCGCCGAUUCUGAACAGGACCCUUUCUCUCAAUAUUCCGAUCUCAAGACCGCCCUCUCCAAUUCCACCCCUGUCCCCUUCAAACAACAAAAACUAACAGCCCGUCAAGCGCAAUACAACUCUGACGCGGACGCAUGGGAACGCAACCGUCUCCAAACGUCCGGCGUUGGUCCGCGAACAGCGAUUGAUCUUGACAAUAUGGACGAUGAGGGUGAGAAUAGAGUUCAUCUAUUGGUGCAUGAUCUCAAGCCGCCGUUUUUGGACGGGAAGACGGUGUUUACGAAGCAAUUGGAGCCAAUUAAUCCGGUGAAAGAUGGGUUGUCGGAUAUGGCAGUGUUCGCGAGGAAGGGGAGUAGGUUGGUGAGAGAGACAAGGGAGAAGGCGGAACGUGCCAAGGCAGCGGGCAAGGUGGCAGAUAUGGGGGGUACGGCGUUGGGCAAUAUCUUGGGUGUUAAGGGGGCUGAUGAUGAAGAUGAUCCCAAGUCCACCUCUGCCGCCAAGAAUGCUGCCAAGAAUACCGCCGCAAACAGCAUAACCAAUAAUGAUGCAAAGGUGGAAGCGGAGGGUAAAGGAGAUUCGCAAUUCGCCAACCACCUAAAAUCAACCACUGGCGCUUCGGACUUUUCCCGUACCAAAACUCUUAAAGAGCAACGUCAGUACCUCCCAGCCUUCGCUUGUCGUGAUGACCUACUCAAAAUCAUUCGCGAGAACCAAGUGGUCGUCGUCAUUGGAGAAACUGGAUCGGGUAAAACCACACAGCUGGCCCAAUUCCUCCACGAAGACGGAUACACGCAAUAUGGGCUCAUUGGAUGCACGCAACCUCGUCGUGUAGCAGCAAUGUCUGUCGCUAAACGUGUUUCCGAGGAGAUGGAAUGCAAGUUGGGUGGCCUGGUGGGUUAUUCGAUACGCUUCGAGGAUUGUACUUCUCGCGACACACGGAUUAAGUACAUGACCGACGGUGUAUUGCUCCGCGAGUCGCUCAACGAAGGCGAUUUGGAUCGGUACAGCGCAAUCAUCCUGGAUGAAGCGCACGAACGUAGUCUAAGCACCGAUGUACUCAUGGGCCUCCUUCGCAAGAUCCUCACCCGGCGAAGAGAUCUAAAACUCAUCGUCACGUCAGCAACAAUGAACGCAGAACGAUUCGCUACCUUCUUUGGUGGAGCACAAACAUUCACCAUUCCCGGCCGAACUUUCCCUGUCGACGUGCUAUUCUGCAAGACUCCAUGCGAAGAUUACGUCGAUUCAGCAGUCAAACAAGCCCUUUCCAUCCACCUUUCUCACCCUAAAGGCGAUAUACUCAUCUUUAUGACUGGUCAGGAAGACAUUGAAGUAACGUGUUCCGUUAUCUCCGAGCGUCUAGCGCAGAUUGAUGAUGCUCCUCCAUUGUUGGUGUUGCCGAUCUACUCUCAGAUGCCGGCGGAUCUGCAGGCGAAGAUCUUCGAUGCGAGUGAAGGGGGAGAGAGGAAAUGCAUUGUCGCGACAAACAUUGCAGAGACUUCGUUGACGGUGGAUGGAAUUAUGUAUGUUGUUGAUGGUGGCUAUUCCAAACUCAAGGUGUACAAUCCAAAGGUGGGGAUGGAUAGUUUGCAGAUUACACCGAUUUCGCAGGCUAAUGCAAAUCAGAGGUCUGGGAGAGCGGGGAGAACAGGAAGUGGGACUGCGUACAGGUUGUAUACGGAGUUGGCCUUUCGGAACGAGCUGUUUGCGAACACAAUUCCCGAAAUCCAGAGGACGAAUCUUGCAAACACGGUUCUAAUGCUGAAGUCAUUGGAAGUAAAGAAUCUGUUGGAGUUCGAUUUCAUGGAUCCUCCCCCUCAAGAUACGAUACUGAACUCUAUGUAUCAGCUCUGGGUGCUGGGUGCGCUCAACAACGUGGGAGAGUUGACAGCGUUGGGCAGGAAGAUGGGAGAGUUUCCUAUGGAGCCUUCACUUUCGAAGAUGUUGAUUACAAGUGUAGAGUAUGGGUGUAGCGUGGAGAUGUUGACUAUAGUCAGCAUGCUAUCUGUACCCACCGUAUUCUACCGCCCGAAGGAGAGGAUGGAAGAGAGCGAUGCAGCCCGAGAGAAAUUCUUCGUUGCCGAAUCGGACCACCUCACCCUCCUCCACGUCUACAAUCAAUGGCGAAACAACGGCUAUCGAGACUCUUGGUGCACUCGACACUUUCUUCAUCCUAAAACCCUUCGCAAAGCCCGCGAGGUGCGGUUGCAGCUAGAAGACAUCUUGAAGGCGCAAAAACUUGGCCUAAUCUCCUGCGACACCGAUUGGGACGGCAUCCGAAAAUGCAUUACUGCCGGAUACUUCCACCAAGCAGCUCGAUCAGCAGGGAUCGGGGAAUACGUAAACUGCAGAACGGGGAUCAAAAUGUUCCUCCACCCGACAAGCGCACUUUAUGGGCUGGGGUAUAGCCCGGAGUACGUGGUGUAUCAUCAAGUGGUGUUGACAAGUAAGGAAAUGAUGAGUACGGUGACACAGGUGGAUCCGAAUUGGCUAGCCGAAUUGGGUGGUGCGUUUUAUUCCAUCAAGGAAAGAGGGAAUAUGAGUGGGCUGGUGCGUAAGAAGAGGGAGGGUGAGCUGGAUAGGAAGACGGAGUUGGAGGAGGAGAUGAGGAGGGAUAAGAGGCAAAAGGAGGAGGAAGAGGAGGUGGGGAGGAGGAAGGAGAGGGAAAGCAAAGCGGGAGGGGAGACGCCGAUGAUUGCUACUCCUGGGGCUACGCCUUUUCGGUCUAGGAGGCGGUUCAUGUGA